AUGAAACGCUCGUGCAGUAGAACAGAAGAUCGGGAGAUCCGCACUUGUGCGAAAAAAACAAAAAAUCGCCGAAAAUACGAAGACGUCGAGGAAAUAAGCGACGCAGUAGAAAUAAUUACAAAUCCCCCAGUCAAACGCGACAGACCCCCGAAUAUCCCGAGCGUGUCGAACUCAUCAGAAUCGGUCCGGACCGCAUCGACGCCGCCGUCACUUCCGCCAGUUGAUCUCAAUCGGCUCACAUACGGCGUUCUCGUCAAGACCGACUGGGGUGAAGACUGUGAGAUUUCUACCUGAAAGACGUGUGAAUUUCUUUAUUUUUUAGUCCUGAUGGUCAAGAAGAUUGGCGAAGGUGUCUAUGGAAAUGUCUACGAUGUUCAUGACGCACAGGUUCGUUCGACCGUCUCAGUUCAUCGAGAGCAUGUCAUAUUUUCAGAUGAGUAAUUACGCGAUGAAAAUUCUCAAAGAGGGGCACACCAACAUCGACGUCGUGUGGGGAAACGAAUCAAAAGUAAGAGAAGCUGUCAAAUCGUUGGUAAAUGUUCAAAAUAAUUUCAGAUUAUGCGUCGUGUGUCCGCCACCAACCAUCCGAAUAUUCUGGGCCUUCUGAACGACGGACAGAUGCUCACCAGCCUUGUCGGCCUCACUCCGUUCUGUUUCCUCAUGCCGCUGAUGGGCGGCUCGCUGUACUCGGUGAUCAGAGAAGCGAGGAAGCGAAUUCGACCCGAGCCCCAGGUCGGAUUCACCAUCCACGACAUCUGCCAGGUCGGCGCGCAGCUCAUUUCGGGACUGUUGCACCUCGAAGAGAUGGGCAUCAUGCACUUGGACGUGAAGCCGGAGAACAUCUAUUUCGAGUCGGCCGAGCGGACGUACGUGGAGAGGGACGACGGCGUCACGAUCAUUCAGAUGGACAACUUGCACGUGCGCAUCGGCGACUUUGGAUGCGCAAAGAUUUACAAGCCAGACAAAACGAAAGCGUACGUGGUGCAGACGCCGAAUUACAGAGCGCCCGAGAUUAUUAUGGGUGCGUUUGUUGAUCUGAUUUCACGUAACCCGUAUCCCAUUGCAGGUAUUCCAUUCGACGGAAAAGCGGACGUCUGGUCGCUGGCGUGCGUUCUCUACGAGAUGUACACCGGAAAACUGCUGUUCUACGGAAACAGCGCGCCCGAUUCGCUGGCCGUCCAACUCCAGAUGAUGAUGCGAAUCGUGUGCCACCCUCCGUCGCCGAGAAUGUACAGACAGGCGAUAAAAUCCGAGUGAGCGCCGCUCUUUUCUGCUGAGUCUGCACUAUCAUUCGUCUAUUUUCUUUCAGAAGCGAUCUGAUGGAGGUGACUGACAACCACGUCUCUUUGAAGACACAUGCCUGCCACACAUACAGAACUGUCAAACCGCUUAUGGUAAGCGAGCGAACGGAGAAAAAAGAGUGGCGAAGUUGUUUGAUUUAAGAAGAAUCUGCGCAAGGACGACAUUCCGGCGAUCCCAUUCUUCCGGCUGCUCCGCGAGAUACUCGUCAUGGAUCCGGUGGAUCGGCCGUCAUUCGCCGAUCUCUCCGUCCACAGCUUUUUCACUUGA